AUGGCGAUGGUCACCGGUUGGAGAAUUUGCAUUGACUACCGGAAACUGAAUAAUUAUACUAGAAAAAAUCACUUCCCUCUUCCCUUUAUUGAUCAGAUGUUAGAUAGGUUGACCGGACAAGACUGCUAUUGUUUCCUUGAUGGAUAUUCCGGCUAUAACCAGAUCUCAAUUGCACCAGAGGACCAAGAGAAAACUACAUUCACUUGUCCUUGUGGCAUUUAUGCUUUUAAGCGAAUUCCAUUUGGGUUGUGCAAUGCACCUGCGACUUCUCAAACGUGCAUGAUGGCAAUCUUCACUGAUAUGGUAGAAAAAUUUAUUGAAGUGUUCAUGGACAAUAUUUCGGUCUUUGGACCAUAUUUUGAUGAAUGCUUAACUAAUUUAAGUAAAGUGCUUGCCAGGUUUCUUGAGAAGGAUACGCCUUUCAUGUUUGAUGAACACCGCUUAAAGGCGUAUCAGGAGUUGAAAAAGAGAUUAGAGUUUGAUGUGGAAAUCAAAGAUCGAAAAGGGACACAAAAUUUGGUGGCGGACAAUUUUUCGUGCUUGGCAACUCACGCACAUGUUGAAGAAGGGGGCAAAUUCAGGAAAGCUUUCCUGAUGAGCAAUUGCUAG